CAAAUUGCAGACCUACCAGUGAACGCUGUCGCCCGGGUUUUUCCGUAAUUUUUCCUUUUUGUAAUUGUAUGAUUAAUUCAAAUUAUAUCUUAAUUUCAAAUUAUCAUGGACAUGGUCAAGCGCGGUUUCCUGCGCGCCUGCAUCAACCGUAGCAGCCUCGAUCAUGACUUAAUUGACAACAUACUGUCACCGCUUUGUGCGCAUCACGAAGUCACAAAGCCGGUCAACGACGAGCUUAAACAAUUUGUAGCUGAAAUAAAUGACAGCAUAACAAAGUUGAACCAGUCGCUAACAUUUGUGAAGCAUCCGAUAAGUGGCAAGGAGUAUCUGGUGUUUGCCAUUACCGAUGCCACACCAGAUACGCACAAUUAUCCUGGAAUGACAGCCGCCGAAUGUCAAUACUUUGCAAUGAUAUUGGACAAAUUGGGCAACCAGGAGGAUGGCCACAUCGCCUGGAAUGAGGCAUAUUCUGAACUGAAUUUCAAAGCUGCAGCUCGUCCACCAUCCAAGUUGCGCAUGCAGGAACUUAUUCAGCAAUGGACCGAGAUGGGCUAUCUACUGGAGGCCAAUGAUAGACUCUACUUUGGUCCGCGAAGCGUCGUUGAGUUUGAGUUCUAUUUGCGCUUUAAUUUCCCGGAAACAAUAAAGCCGUGCCAUCUCUGCAAGCAGCUGGUGCUGUGGGACAUCAAAUGCUCGGAUUGCGGCCGCAAAAUACAUCGAGAGUGCAUCAGGAAAUAUCUGCGCACGCGUUCCAAUUGUCCAACCUGCGGCAAGAAGUGGACCACACGGCUCAGUCAAUAAAUUGAGCAAAAUAAUACAUAAAAAAGUUAUAUUAAUAUAAGAAAAAU